AUAAGAUAGAAUAUCUAAAUCACUUAGUUUAUAACUUUUGGUUUCAACUUUACUAACCUAAAGUAUUAAUAACAGCCAGCAUCUUUAGCUUUUCUUAAAGAUACGUCCCUACCUGUGGCCUCUGUUGGCCUUCAUUAUCACUUGGUUUAUAACUUUAGGUUUCAACUUUACUAACCUAAAGUAUUAUUAGCAACAUCACUUAGCUUUUUUUUAAAGUUAUGUCCAUGCGUCCAUGCGCGUGAUCUAAGUAAUAUACACUCCAGUUACUCCUCUCAUUAUCGAGAUCAUCACAGGCGAUUUCUAUAUAUCGCCCCCGUACGGACUGCAGGCUACUUCGGUAUUCGAGUGAUGUUACUUUAUUAUUUGUCCAUAGUUUGUACGCACUGAAUUUAGGAUAACAUCAGCCCAUUCCAUUUAUAAGAAUUGAAGACAAGAAUCUUCUCGAGCAAUGUUCCUCGAGAAAGAUGGAAGGUUUUCAGCAUACAAGGGGCAGUGAAACAGGCUUUACAAAUGGCUACCACAGUCAUUGCGACAACGCGGGCACCAAUGGCAUAUCCCAUUGGGAACAUGUCUUAGUGACGGGCGGUGCAGGCUACCUAGGCAGCACGUUGGUCCCACUGUUGCUAGGUAGCGGGUAUCACGUCACCGUGUACGACUCGUUCCGGUGGGGAGCCAGCUCGCUGCUGCAUUUAGCCGACAAUCCGCACCUCAGGAUUGUUCGUGGGGAUGUAUUGGACCGGGCUCAUCUCAAGAAGAACAUACAAAAGUGUGACGCGGUCGUUCAUCUCGCCGCUAUUGUGGGAUACCCGGCAUGUGAGCGCUCUCCGGAGCUGGCAAAGCAGGUCAACGAGCAAGGCACAAGAAACGUCGUGGAGCUCAUGGAGACAGAUCAGAAGCUGAUCUAUGCAUCUACUGGAUCCUGUUAUGGUGCUGUUGUCGAUGGUCUCUGCACCGAAGACACGCCAAUCAGUCCGCUCACCUUGUAUGGAAGCACUAAAGCGAGUGGCGAGAGUGUGGCUUUACAGGCUGGAGCCGUUUGUUUACGUCUUGCAACCGUGUUUGGCGUUGCCCCACGACUACGCUUGGACCUGCUUGUAAACGAUCUUACAAACAAAGCCCUGACGUUGAAGCAUUUUGAUGUUUACGAAGGGCAUUUCCGUCGCACUUUUUUGCACGUUAAAGACGCUGCUCGAGCUUUUCUUUUCGCUUUGAAGAACUUUAAACGAAUGAGAAACGAUGUCUUUAAUGUCGGUGACGAAUGCAUGAACAUGUCGAAAAUUGACGUCGCUCAUGUCAUUCAAACUCGCGUGAAAAACUGCAAGAUUACGAAGUCAUCGAACGGCCAGGAUAAAGACAAGAGGAACUAUGAGGUUUCCUAUGAGAAGAUAAGGCGUCUUGGUUAUCAAUCGACGAUAAGUGUCGAGGAAGGUGUGGAUGAACUACUGAAAGUUUUACCGUGUUUAUCAGAGGAUGAGAUUUCCCGCGCUAGAAAUGUCUCCAACUGAAACUGGCCUAAAAAUGAAAAGUAGGAUUUAGCAUAAUAGUACAAUUUAUUAUUAUUAUGUAUUAACAUACUAUAAUGAAUUGUUUAUAAAUUCAAGCUAAUAAAAAGUAUGCUAUACAUUAAAUUUAGAUUAAUAUUAUUGCUAAACAUUAAAAAACAAUGUCAAUGACCAAAAUGUUAAACGUUCUCUCUGAAUUUUAUUUUACUGAACUCCAUGUUCAAGGUUAUUUGGGAAUAAAUGUUACUGUACAUUUGUGACAUGCAUAUGAUAUGAUGGUUCCUGAUAGUAUUGUGUUUUAAUAUAAUCA